AUCAGUUCGCCUUGAGACUCCGGAGUGAGAAGAUGGGCUCUGUGCUCGGGCUUUGUUCUGUGGCGAGUUGGAUCCCCUGCCUUUGUGGCAGCGCUCCUUGCCUUCUGUGUAGAUGUUGCCCCAGUGGAAACAACUCAACGGUCACCCGUCUAAUCUACUCCUUUUUCCUGCUUCUGGGGGUUGUCAUCGCCUGCAUUAUGCUGAUGCCUGGCAUGGAGGGCCAACUCAAGAAGAUACCAGGUUUUUGUGAGGGAGGAAUGGGAACCUCGAUCCCAGGCGUAAAGGGACAUGUGAACUGCGACGUGCUGGUGGGCUACAAGGCCGUGUACCGCGUGUGCUUUGGCAUGGCCAUGUUCUUCCUUUUGUUCUCUCUUAUCAUGAUCAAGGUUAAGAGCAGCAAAGAUCCACGAGCCUCUGUGCAUAACGGGUUUUGGUUUUUUAAGUUUGCUGCAGCCACUGCUAUUACCGUAGGAGCGUUCUUCAUUCCUGAGGGUCCUUUCACAACCGUGUGGUUCUACAUCGGCAUGGCUGGUGCUUUCUGUUUCAUUCUGAUUCAGCUCGUGCUUCUGAUCGACUUUGCUCACUCCUGGAAUGAGUCCUGGGUGGAAAAGAUGGAGGAAGGAAACUCUCGCUGCUGGUAUGCCGCGCUUCUUAGUGCCACAGCCGUGAAUUACACCCUGUCCUUGGUGUCUGUGGUGAUGUUCUACGUGUACUACACCCACACUGAUGGCUGCACUGAGAACAAAGCCUUCAUCAGUGUCAACAUGCUGCUGUGCGUGGGAGCCUCCGUCAUGUCUGUCUUACCCAAAAUUCAGGAGUCACAGCCCAGGUCUGGUCUCCUGCAGUCCUCCGUUGUCACCCUGUACACUAUGUAUCUGACCUGGUCUGCUAUGACGAAUGAGCCUGACCGCAAAUGCAACCCGAGUCUUCUGGGCAUUAUUGGCCUGAACAGCACCACCCCGGCUGGCCAGAGUCACAUGGUUCAGUGGUGGGAUGCCCAGGGCAUUGUGGGAUUGAUCCUGUUCCUGAUGUGUGUUUUGUAUUCCAGCAUCCGCAAUUCCAAUAAUUCUCAAGUCAACAAGUUGACGCUGACUAGCGACGAGUCUGCCCUGAUCGAGGAUGGUGUAUCACCGGAGCCUGACGAGGCAGACGAUUCGAACCGGGCCGUGGACAACGAGAAGGACGGGGUCACGUACAGCUACUCGUUCUUCCACUUCAUGCUGUUCUUGGCCUCUCUGUACAUUAUGAUGACUUUGACCAACUGGUACAGCCCUGACGCCAACUAUGAGGCGAUGACCAGCAAGUGGCCGUCAGUGUGGGUGAAGAUCUCCUCCAGCUGGAUCUGUAUCUCUCUCUACGUGUGGACCCUGGUGGCUCCGCUUGUUCUCACCAACCGUGACUUCGACUGACGGGGCAGAAAAAAGCUUCAACCAAACCUCGCCCUUCGAAAUUGUGAAUAUCUGCCUGUAAAUGAAGGGUCGGUCGGUUCAUAAUUGUAAAUGGCUAAAGCUGGUGCAUUCCUGUGUAGUUAAUCCUCAGUUGUUGUUUUUUUUCGAUUUAACUGUUGCAUGUAAUGUAGUGAUAUUUAUUUGUGCUGUAUGUCAUAAGAGGUUUAAAACUGGUUGUUGACUACAGGAUUAUCUACGUCCACGUCCUGAAUGAAAAAUAAGGAGCGAUUGAUUGGAAAAAACAUUGUGGGGAAAAAAAGUAGCUUGGGAUUGACAGUACUGUUAAAACAUUUUGCUAUAAAUUAUUCAUAAAUCUAUAGGAACACCAUACAUUUUAUUAAAAAUUUCCUGUAUAAAAGUUCAGUAUUGCAAGUAUCAUUUCUACAUAGAAGUUUAGAUUUGCAGUGUUUUUUCUUUUCAUUCCUAUAAAUUUGCAUCAAAUCAUGACAUUUGGGAUAUUACUUCUGAAACAUAGCUCAUGAUGUAAAAUGCUGUUUUAUUAACAUCAGUGUUAGCAUUCUUGGUGCAUGUUAAUGAAUUCCCAGGCUUCUAGUUAGGACUGUAAAAACGCCACAGUGCUAAUCCUUAAAUUUGCAACUUGCACAGAUUAGUUGAGUUUUAUUGUGUUGUAUUGCGUUUUAAAAUGUUUUUGCACUGAUUCAUCGCUUUUAAAAACUCAUGUUGAAGUGAUCUGUUACUUCAUAUGUGUAUUUUGCUUCUAUACCGUAUAUACACGUGUGUUACCAGCCUGCUGGAGGUAUUAGUCUAGUAGCUGCUGUUAACAUUAUAGGCGUUGAUGCAUUGAUGUUUUUUUUUCUCAUCUUCCUUUUUGUCACUUUGACAUUGUGCAUUGUAAUCUAUCUUGUCUGAAUCAAUAAAGGUUUAAAGCCCCCCAUUCCUCUCA